AUUUUGUUGUCUCAAAGAAAUGCUUAAUUCUAACAUGAGUUGUCUAUUGAAUAUCUAGGUACAAUAUAGUCAUCUUUGGUGGCAUUGAUGGAUUUUCCAGAAAGAUCAUGUACCUAGGUGCUGCAAAUAACAACCUGUCAUCUACAGCCUUGGCCUUCUUCAAGCAGUCCAUUGAACAUCAUGGAUUUCCACUGAGAGUAAGAGGUGACCAUGGCGUAGAGAAUGUCGACAUAGCACGCCUGAUGUUCACCGUACGGGGAACUGGAAGGUCGAGCUUUAUUGCUGGAAAGAGUGUCCACAAUCAGAGGAUUGAGAGGCUGUGGAGAGACGUGUGGUGUGCUGUAACCAGCAUAUACUAUAGUGUGCUGCACUCACUGGAAGAUGAUGGGUUCAUAGACCUAUCUAACAACAUGCAUCUUUUUAGUUGCCAUUAUGUGUUCUUGCCCAGAAUACAAGCUAGCCUGGAUGCAUUUCAUGAUGGAUGGGAUAACCACCCAAUUCGAACCGAGGGGAACAUGACACCCAAUCAGCUCUGGGAGAUGGGAAACAUUCAGCAUGAGGUGGCAGAGCCAGAGUUUGAAAACACUGAGGAACUGUACCUUCAACACAUUGACUGGGAACAUUGUGGCCUGCCAUAUGAUUCACAACAUGGAGUCAUUGUUCCCACAGCUGACAGCCUGUUGAGCCCAGAAGAGCUAGGAGGACUUAAGGCAGCCAUUGAUCCCAUGAGACCCUCAAUGUCAUAUGGCACAGAUAUCUAUCUGGAAACCACUCACUACAUACAGCACAUACUGGGCAAACAGUGA